GUUUUGAACAAAGUCGUCGCUCUUUAUUUUUGCUUCGCUCGUAGAAUUUGCCUCUCGAGCUUUUGGGAAGUGCUUAUUUUACAGGCUUCCAGUCACUCUUUUGACCUGUCGCAGAACCUAUCAAAGCGCUCUCGCCUCUCCCUUUGCGUUUCAGACGUGUCUUCCGCAGUCUCGAGAAUCCAUCACUCGCUUUUGCUUUCGGGAACCGCCAAUAUAAUAACCGAGCUUCAUCGUUAUUGCUUUUUCUGUCAAUACUCUAUUCUUUUCGUUUUUGAGAAUUUCUAGUAUUCUUUUAGCAAAUCAACAUUAAUCAUGCUUAUGCAAGCUGCGCUCGUGGCCCUCGCCGCCACCACUGUGGGAGCCGUCAAGCCGCUCACCAUCAAGGGAACCGACUUUGUCGACACUGACGGCAACAAAUUUCAGCUUGUUGGUGUUGCCUACCAGCCCGGCGGCAGUGCUGGGUACGAUCCCAAGACGGGCAAGGACCCUCUCAGCGACGCCGACACCUGCUUGCGUGAUGCGGCUCUUCUGCAGGUCAUGGGCGUCAACGCCAUUCGCGUGUACAACCUCGAUCCCAACCUGAACCACGACCAGUGCGCCAGUAUCUUCAAUGCUGCUGGCAUGUACAUGGUUCUGGAUGUCAACUCUCCUCUGGUCGGCGAGUCUAUCACCUCAUCCGAGCCCUGGACGAGUUACUACGAGGCCUACUCCAACCGCACCUUUGCGAUUGCCGAAGCCUUCGGCAACUACCCCAACACUCUGCUCUUCUUCUCCGGAAACGAGGUCAUCAACGACAUCCCCACGGCGAAGUUCGUGCCUCCUUACCUGCGCGCCGUCACCCGAGACUUGAAGGACUACAUCAAGAAGAACCUCAAGCGCCAGAUCCCCGUUGGCUACUCUGCCGCCGAUGUUCGUGAUGUCCUGUGGGAUACCUGGAACUACCUGCAGUGCUCCGAGCCCAACGAUGAUGGCGACAUGAGCCGUGCCGACGUCUUCGCCCUCAACUCGUACAGCUGGUGCGGCCCUGACGCUACCUACAAGAGCUCAUCCUACGACGUCUUGACCGAAAACUUCCAGGACACCUCCGUCCCCGUCUUCUUCAGCGAGUACGGCUGCAACACCCCCAUGCCCCGCUACUGGAACGAGGCCCAGGCCAUCUACGGCUCCGACAUGACCCCCGUCUUCUCCGGCGGCUUCGUCUACGAGUACACCGAGGAGGACAACAACUACGGCCUGGUCAACAUCACUGGCGACACCCUCAACAUCAUGGGCGACUACAACCGCCUCAAGGCCCAGUUCGCCAAGAUCGACUGGAAGUCUGUGCAGUCCCAAAAGGCCAGCGGCAAGGCCCCCGCCGCUCCCAAGUGCGCUUCCAGCCUCAUUAAGGAGAAGGGCUUCGACAGCAACUUCACCCUGCCCGUCCCCCCUCCCGGCGUCCAGAAGCUCAUCGACAACGGCAUCAGCCCCAAGCCCAGCGGCGCCAUUGUCAAGAUCUCCAACUACAACGUCAAGAUGAACGUCAAGGAUUCCGAAGGCAACGCCGUCACCGGCCUCAAGGUUGUUCCCCUCAGCGACGACGAGUCCAACUGGGCCGGCAAGAACUCUGCCGACACUGGAUCCAACUCCACCACCACCACCUCUGCUGGUAAGGCCGGCUCCAGCAGCUCCAGCGACUCCAAGAGCGAUGACAAGGACAGCGCCGCUGCCUGGACUCACCCUGCUUCUUGGGCUCUGGCUCUGCCUUUGGUUGCCAUGCUCUUCAUCUAAUCUGAAUUGGAGGGUAGAGGGAGAGAGGCGAUGGUGGUUCAAUUCAGUCUUCAGUAACUAUAUUGUUUGGGGAGGAGGGAAAAAAAAGGGGGCGAUACAGAAGAAAAUUAAUGGAGUUGCUUUAAUGUAAAUACAUGUCUUUCUCAUUCUGCUUUGAACCUUUAGAUAUCCCAUUUAGCGCAGCCAUGAUGAUGAUUGUCUUCUUUAUCUUCUCCUUCUUAUGCAGGUAGGAUGCUUUCAUAAAAAUACCUAUGCCUAUUUACUUGGAGCGUAUAAAGUACAUUACAAUACAAUCCAUGGCUCCAAACUCCCAAUGCCGGAAUUAUUUGCAAACAUGUAGCGUGUGGGGGACCAGCCCCUCGAUCUGAGUUGGACGGCACGAACCGCUAGGUCUUUUUUUUCU